AUGAAGAUCGCACGAACACUCAUCCAACCUUUCCGGCUCUUGACUGCCGGCCCAGCGACUGGGAUCAAACCCAGCCUGCUUAGGCAGAUCAAGGAUGCCAACCGCAGACGCAGCCACUUCACACGCGUCCGGCCGAUCAAACCAUACUCCGACAUCUGGCCCUUCUUCGACUCUCAACCUCCACGACAGCGCAGGCAGAUGACGCCUGAAAGCUUUGAGAAAAUAUACGAGAGGUUCGACCAUCUCGUGCCUCUGGACGCCAACCACUCCAAGUUCCUGAGUGACUUGGUCGAGCCGAGUUUGUUCCGGGAGAAGGACUUCGACGCUCAGCUGGAGCUCGAAGAGGCACAACGUCCUCUCUACGAGGGCGUGUGUAAGUCGCAACUGGCCGGAGAUGGCGCAGUGGAGAUGGCCGACGACGACGUUGUCAUGGCCGAUGUUGAAGAGGUGGAUGAUGUCGAGAUGACCGACGUGUUGUACCCCCCGCAGUGGGUUUACUGGCAAGGCAAAUAUCCGCCACCAGAGUUCUUCUUUCCUUUCAUCCCUCCCCCGGCUGGAGCCGACGUCCUCCAGCAAGCGACAGAGGUGGCCACAGAGCCAGUGGCAACGCCAUCACCCCUCAUUCCUGAGCCAAGAUGGAAGGAUGAGCUGGCUGAGUACUUCGAGAACCUGGAGUACAACAUCACUAAUGGCAUAUUGCCACCAAAAAUCAACGUAGAGGCGAUGUACCCGGCAGACUCGCCGGCGUCGACGCCGAGAGAUGAAGAGGUUGGUGUCGAGACCGCUCAACCAGAGAAGAACGAGGUCCCAGAGGAAGACUGCAAGAAAAAAGCCUCACCACAAGACAAGACCGAGCCAGUGGCGGCCACAGAGCCGGUCUCGGCGGAAUCAGCCGUCGAGAAGAAGACCAUGUCUCUGGGCCAUGUGCCCGACCAAUAUCGUGGCCUCUUAGAAGAGGCAGUGAAUUUCUCGGCCGACCAGCAGAAGCCGUGGCCAGAUUGGUGGAACACCAUUGCGCUCGGCGACAACGAAGGAGAAGAGGGAAAGGGGAAGUGUGUGGUUCGAAGUUUCGAACAGUAUGCAGCCUGGCCGCCCUCAUUCAAGGUGCAGCCACAAUUUCACUGCCCGGAUUCCAGCAACCCAACGGGAGAGUUCAACACACCAGCGAGCUGCCGAUUAGGCCUCAAACGCAACACAGAGGAACGUAAACGUUUCUCUGAGAUCAGAAAGAACCACCCGGAGGUGUGGGAGGCAAUCAUCGGCACGAUGUUGCAAGAGGGCGUGAGCAUUGACAGUAUGCUGCUUUGCCACGAGAAGAAGGACGAGGGCGGCAACACCGUCGACCUUCGUCCACAAGUGCUCGACCACCAACAGUGGUGUGUCGACAACUGGCGAUUUGACGGUCUGAGCUGGCACACAGUGCAGGGUGCUCCCCUGGCCCCUGACUGUUCGGCCGAGUUCCACAAGGCCCCGAAAGGUGACGAGCGGUUGUUCCAGGAGACAAUCGGAUAUAUCAAAAGCCACCCCGAGAUCUGCUAUGCCUUCCGGAUCCUCGUCUCGGAGUGGCUGAAGGUGGAGGCGAAUCAAGCGACCUUCCGCUGGAUUGCGCGCAAGGCAGGCUGGUGCCCAGUUGCCGAGCACCAACUCCAGCGUGACUUCAUCAAAUGGGUCUUCGCCGACGCCGACGCCACUCCCAGAGAGAUCUUUGAGGUGGUCGAAAAGCACUUCCCUGACCGGUAUCCGCGGUUCUUCGCGGCGACCAUUGAGGAAGAGGGCAUCGACUACCUCUGA